AUGGAGACUUCCAAGACCUUCAUUAGACGUCCUCCGGUCACACCAGGCUACAGUGGUUUUGUGCCCUACCUCAGCUGCCAGGGGACCUCCGGCGAGGACCACAUGGACCACUGCCUGGAAGACUUCCAGGAGCAAAGGCAGCGAUACAUAGACCGGCAGGAGGCGCUUCACCGUUCAGUGGACGCUGCCCCCAAACUGAAGCCCGUCUGCUCCGAGGACACGGUCCUGCGGGCUCUGCACGAGUACACUCGGAAGUACCACCCCUUGAGUCUGGAAUGCAAGAACAUGAAGAAACCUCUCCAUGAGCCCCCAAUCCCUGGCUGGGCAGGCUACCUCCCCAGAGCCAAGGUCACUGAACUAGGUUGUGCCACGAGGUACACUGUCAUGGCCAGAAACUGCUACAAGGACUUCAAGGACAUUGUGGAGCGGGCCAAGAGAGCACGUCUGAAAUCAUACGAGGAGUAA